AUGAACAGCAUCGACAGCCUCGCACGUGAUGACCGCGACCACGACCGCGACCAAGCCUGCAAUGAAUGUCGCCGACGGAAAGCGCGAUGUGACAAGACGCUUCCAGAAUGCGGGCCCUGCAAGAGAAACAGGAGACACUGUCUCUACGAACGACACAGCAGGACUCCAUUGACUCGCAAAUAUCUCACCCAAGUUGAAGAGCAGCUUCGUCGAUCACAGGCUCAACUCGCCCGCGCGGAACAACGCGUCCAAGCAGCCGAAGCGCGUGUACGACAGCUCGAGAACGCUCAGGGCGACGACGCGCCAUCCCCACACGAAGAUAUCGCCGGCACAGGUGGCGCAACCGACGAACCGCCUAUUGAAGUCUCGCUUGAGGGGCCGCCUUCUGGGCCAGCUGACUUUAGUUGGGAUGAACAAUCCCAGGAAAGCGGUCCCACCGAGACAGACGCCGCGAGCACAUAUACACAUACUUCUCCUGGGGAAGACGAGCGCGUCGUCGAUGGCAUGGCUUCACUCACAGUCGAUGAGAAUGAGGCGGGGUAUCUAGGCGUCGCGUCAGGUGCUGCCAUGUUGCGACUGCUCCUUCCCGAUGCGCAGCAUUCCUCGCGGAAAGCGCCACCCAUAUCCAGCUUCAACACAACUACACCAGACCAUGGGCACUGGCUUUACACCCCUUUAUGGGACAGCCUUGACCUAGGAGCCGUCGACCUCGAUGCCGCUAUCAACGGUUACUUCGGUCUCUACCACAUCUCGUAUCCGCUCGUAGAGGAACACACCUUCCGUGCUCAAUACGCUCAGGUCAUUCCUCGCCCCAAUGGUCGCAGCUGGCAUGCGCUCGCUUUCAUGGUCGCUGCGAUAGGCCAUUUUACAACGGCUACAGGCCCGGCCGACACAGACAGGAGAUUGUUCAUGGCUGCCAAGUCCAACCUGUCGAUUGAGAGCUUGGAAGUAGGCAACAUCACCCUUGUCCAAACCCUCACGCUCAUGUCCAACUAUCUGCAGAAACGGAACAAGCCAAACAGUGGGUACAACUAUCUUGGCCUUGCCCUUCACAUGGCCAUCGGUUUGGGACUACACAAGGAGUUCAAUCAUUGGGGCAUCCCCCCACUCAACAUGGAGAUCCGCCGGCGCGUGUGGUGGUCCAUGUUUGUCUUCAACAUCGGCGCAGCUGUCACAUUUGGUCGCCCUCUGGCCUGGCCCAACAAGAACGUUGAAGUUCAUUUGCCCUUGAACAUUCCCGACAGGGCUUUGACUAACCUGUCACGCACUGCGCCGAGCGAGGCGGACCACGUCACAACGUUCAGUGCCGUCAUUAUGCAGUCCAAAUUCCACAUUUUGACAAAUGACAUAUACACGAAGGUCAUAUCGAUGCCCUUUCCAGCCGCUACGGAGCUGAUCCGUCUCGAUGAUACCGUAAUAGACAGAUGGCAGUCAUCAGUGCCCGAUUGGUAUCGCCGUGGAGCGACCGUACCCGCUCAAUUCGCGACUAGCCAUGCUAUUAUGUGGUGGCGGCUGAGCAACUUCAGGAUCAUCAUGUAUCGACCUGCAAGAAGCGUAUGCCAGAUGUCUUCGUGA